AUGGACCGUGAUCCGCUCAUCGCCAAGCAGGAGAAGGGCCCCAUCAAGCGCUCGUGGGCACCGCUGCAGGACGUUCGGGAAGAGGGGGCUCUCGGCCAAGCUUACGUCCCACUGCGGCGGGGCGGACACGAGUUGUGCUCCACCGGGACCGUCUUGCGCCUUACCAGCUGGACACCGACGAAACAUCGAACUCUGUGGAGGCCGGACCACCUCAGGACAAUGUUCGCGCUCAUCCCUCCCCCGCUAAAGGACUCCGGCGUUCCCAACGCCAGCGCCGACUGCCUUCACGCCUCCGAGAUGGAGUUCGUCAUGGUGAUCGGGGAUGGAGCUGUUGGGAAUGUAUGGAGUGGGAUGUACAUCCAGAACAAUCUCUGUGCUUUAGAAGGAUCUACAGUGUUUAUGAACGGCUCGUACACACACCCAACAGGUCUUAAUGUGACAAAGACAUUUUGGUUGAUAAACCCAGUUCCGCGUAUAGAGCCGACUGAUCUGCGUAAUGAACCAGGUUACUCAGGCAGAGUGGAGUAUUUAGGAGAUAAACAGAAACACUUCUCCCUCAGACUGAGUGAUGUGAAAAAAACAGAUGAAAACAGAUACUGCUUCAGAAUCAGAACAACUGUAGACAAAGAAAGAUGGACGGGUUAUCCUGGAGUUAGACUCACUGUUACAGAUCUUCAGGUGAUCGCUCCUGCAGAAGUGACAGAGGGACAAUCAGCCGUUCUGAUCUGUAAAACCACCUGCAGUCUGACUGAUCCAACAUUCAUCUGGUACAAAACCAGCCGUGAUUUAACCACAAAAACCAUCAAGAGCAAUAAAGUCCACCUGCAGUCGGUCAGCAGUGAGGAUGCAGGCAGUUAUAGCUGUGCUGUAAGAGGAUAUGAACAUCUCCCCUCUCCUGAUCACACACUCAGAGUCAGAUAUUCUCCAAAGAAUGUCUCAGUGUCCAUCAGUCCCUCUGGUGAGAUAGUUGAGGGCAGUUCAGUGACUCUGACCUGCAGCAGUGAUGCUAACCCACCUGUGGAGAACUACACCUGGUUUAAGGGGAGGAAAUCAAUAGGAAAAGGAAAGACCUACACCAUCUCCAACAUCAGCUCAGAAGACAGUGGAGAGUACAAGUGCAAGUGCAGUAAUGAAGUCGGACAUCAGGAGUCCAGCAGUGUAACUCUGAAUGUUCUGUAUCGCCCAAAGAAUGUCUCAGUGUCCAUCAGUCCCUCUGGUGUGAUAGUGGAGGGCAGUUCAGUGACUCUGACCUGCAGCAGUGAUGCUAACCCACCUGUGGAGAACUACACCUGGUUUAAGGUGAAUGAAUCCUCAGCUGUAGGAUCUGGACAGACCCAGGACAUCUCUUCGGUCAGCAGUGAGGAUGCAGGCAGUUAUAGCUGUGCUGUAAGAGGAUAUGAACAUCUCCCCUCUCCUGAUCACACACUCAGAGUCAGAUAUCCUCCAAAGAAUGUCUCAGUGUCCAUUAGUUCCUCUGGUGAGAUAGUGGAGGGCAGUUCAGUGACUCUGACCUGCAGCAGUGAUGCUAACCCACCUGUGGAGAACUACACCUGGUUUAAGGGGACGACAUCAAUAGGAAAUGAAAAGACCUACAACAUCUCCACCAUCAGCUUUAAGAACAGUGGAGAGUACAAGUGCAAGUGCAGUAAUGAAGUCGGACAUCAGAACUCCAGCAGUGUAACUCUGAAUGUUCUGUAUCGCCCAAAGAAGCUCUCAGUGUCCAUCAGCAUUUCUUGUAACAUAUUGGAGGGCAGUUCAGUGACUCUGACCUGCAGCAGUGAUGCUAACCCACUUGUGGAGAUCUACACCUGGUUUAAGGUGAAUGAAUCCUCAGCUGUAGGAUCUGGACAGAGUUACAGAGCUCUACAGAGUGGACAGUACUACUGCGAGGCUCAGAAUAAACACGGCUCUGAGAGAUCAGCUGCAGUGUCUGUCACUGUAAAUGGAUGA